CACAUGGCCCAGUACAGCUCGUGUACGUCUGCAACCUGAAAAGUUGAAAUACUGAAAGUGAUUAACACUAUUAUAAAAUCGAGUAUAUAAUUUGUUAGUAAAUAUUCUUUUUUAAAAGGAAUUGAUUAAAGCAAAACAUCAUGGCCAAGUUUUGUUUAAAAAAACCAAGUAAAAGAAUCGCGGCCAAAAGAAGGUAUAAAAUUAUCAAAAAAGUCGCUCAACAUAAUAAAAAAUUGAGAAGGAAGGAAAAAAAAAAUCCCACAAAAAAAAAACAACAAAUUAUUCCAGUGCCUAAUUCAUGCCCAUUCAAAGAAAGUAUUUUGGCAGAAGCAGCCACAAUUAAAAAAAUGAAGGAAGAAGAAAUUUUAAGGAAAAAAGAAGAAAGAAAGUUAGAGAGACAGAUGCAGCGAGAAAUGGCUACCCCAAUGGAAGUGGUUCCAACAGAAGAAAAAAAAAGCAAUAACUCAAAAUCCAUCUUGAAAAAGUUCCAAGAGGUCAUUGACGAAGCAGAUAUGGUGUUAGAAAUUGUCGAUGCUAGAGAUCCUCUUGGAACUCGAUGCCUAGAAGUUGAAGAAACAAUUUCUCAGAAGAAUAAGCAGCUUAUUAUAGUUAUUAAUAAGACAGAUCUAGUCUCACCCGAGAAUCUGAGCAAAUGGUUAAAAUAUUUCAAAAAAAGUCUUCGUAUGGAAGCUGUACCUUUUAAAAGCUCUAUUAAGCCAAAACAAUUUGGUAAGAAAAAAUUUAGUGAUGAAGAAAUUACCCGCAAUAGUACAUGCAUUGGAGCAGAAUCUCUUCUGGAUAUUGUUGAUAAAUACUAUAACAAAGCUUGCAAAAAUAAAACUAGCAUACAAGUUGGUGUUAUUGGUUUACCAAAUGUAGGCAAAUCUAGUGUAAAAGAUUCUCUAAAUCAAAUUAUGGCUUAUCAUUCUGAAAAUACUGCAGGAGAUAAAAAAUCAAAGCUUAUAGCUCAGUUGCAUUCAAAAGUUAAUUUAGUAGAUUCUGCUGGAAUAGUAUUCGAAAAUCAAGAAGAUUCUGACUUAUUAUCGAAUGUGCUGAAAAGUACAGUGAAAAUUGAAACAAUAAAAGACCCCUUUGGUCCAGCUUGUGCUAUAUUGGAAAAAAUGUCAACACAGCAGUUAAUGGAACUGUAUGACAUCACAGAAUUUGCUAAUUCUGAAGAGUUUUUCAAAAAAAAAGCCCACAGAAUGGGUAAAUUGAAAAAAAAAGGUCUACCAGAUGUGGAAGCAGCAGCACGUAGUGUUCUUAUUGAUUGGUAUACGGGAAAAAUAAGAUAUUAUACUAUUCCACCCAGUGCUGUGAAAAAAUUAACAAAUGAAUGCAUUGGCUUGACAGAAUACCAUAUCGACUUAAAAACUACAGCCAGCUUAUAAAUAAAAAAAUUCAAAUUCACAAACAUGAAAAUUUACGGACACAAUCAUCAUUACAAAAAA